AGAAAACUCAAGGUGAGGUAUCCCUUCACAGCAACAACAUUGAAAAGUAACCAGUUCUCGACUGAUGGGAUACGGUGUAUGCUGUCAGUGGCCCUGAAACCCCAACAGAAGAAGAAGAAGAAGAAGACUGAUGGGAAAAAUGUUGGAAUAUGAGAAUCAGAUGUUGUUGGAUCUGUUACAUGAAGAUGGUCUCCUUAUAGCAGCCAAAGGCCUGGGACUUGAAAGAAUUUUGGAAAGUUUGAUCAUCACUUACAAUGACCCAGGUAAUUUAGUCAUUGUAAUUGGUACAACUUCACGAGAAGAGGAAUAUGUGUUAUCCCAGCUUGAGGGUAAAGGAAUUGUUCCACUCCCACGAUGUGUUACUGCUGACUGCUCCGUGAGUGAAAGGUCACAAAUUUACCAUCAGGGUGGAGUGCUGUUUGUUACAUCACGAAUCAUGGUGAUGGAUCUGUUGAUGGAGCGUGCUCCUGUUGAGCUUAUUACCGGUUUCAUUGUAUGGAAGGCUCACAAGAUUCUGGAGUCGUGCCAAGAAGCAUUCAUCCUCAGAUUGUAUCGGCAGAAGAAUAAGACAGGGUUUGUGAAAGCUCUGACAAGUAGCCCACUGUCAUUCACAGCUGGGUUUUGUCAUGUGGAGAGAGUCAUGCGUAACCUUUUUGUCAAGAAAUUAUAUCUUUGGCCACGCUUCCAUAUGGAUGUUAAUGCCUGUCUGGAGGCAUGUAAGCCUGAGGUGGUAGAGCUGCACCUUCAGAUGACAACACCUGUAAAGCAGAUCCAGAUGUCACUGCUUGACCUCAUUACUGCUACAGUUCAGGAACUGCGACGAUCAAAUAGCACAAUUGAUACAGAAGAAUUCACACCAGAGAAUGCCAUAUCAAAGUCUUUCGAAAAAAUGCUUAAAGUACAGCUGGAACCCAUCUGGCAUCAGCUGUCUGUGCGCACCAAACAACUUAUCGCUGACCUCAAAGUUCUACGAACAAUUUUAGUAUACCUGACACAAUAUGAUUGUGUCACUUUCUACAACUUAGUCAAUUCCUUGAGGACAACAGAGAAAGCUAUGCAGAGCUCAGGAUGGAUGUUGCUUGCUUCUACAGAUUCUCUGUUUAUCAAUGCUAAAUUACGUGUAUUUGGAAACAUGAACAGCCCAACAAAAAAGGCAAAAAUGGAAGUUGAAGCUACAGAAAAAUCAAAAAGUGAAGUAAUUGAACCAGAUUUGGAAGUAAACCCAAAGUGGAUAGCUUUGUCUGAGGUUUUAGAUGAAAUCCGAAAAGAAGUUCAAGAGAGUAAGAACUUGGAAAAAUGUCUGAUAGUAACUUAUGAUGAUCGGACAGCACAACAGAUUAAAGAGUAUUUAGUUGAUGGUGCUCAGGUGGUCCUUCGAAGAAUCUUUUACUACACAAUCGGAGCAAAAAUGGGCCUCAAACCACCUGAGAAUUUCUUGAAAGAGAUGAACAGAAAUAAAAACAUCAACAGGGAAGCAGGAAGCUCAAUUAAUGUAAAAAGAAAAAAUGCCAAAGAGGUUCCUGAGCGAGAAGAAAAAGACAAAGGUAAGAAAGGCAAAAAGACGAAGAAAGCGAUGAAUGAAGAAAUAGAAGAUAUUACAUUAACGCAGAUAGCUAAGAAAUAUUACUUUAUUGGCCAAGAAGAAGAGGAAUUUAGUGAUGACAAAGAAAGAGAGGAAGAAAGAGCAAUAUCAAAAAGGCUUUUGUCAUCCCCACUGAUAAUGGUACAAGCUGUUCGGGAUACUAGUGACCCGUUCAUGAUGACACGAUUACUAGAAGAGAUUCAGCCCAAAUAUGUCGUCAUCUAUGACUCGGACUUAACUUUUGUUCGACAGCUGGAGGUGUGGCAAGCAAAUUAUGGGGAGAGAAUACGUGUGUAUUUCCUCGUGUACAAAGGCACUACUGAAGAGCAGGUUUAUCUUACCAAUGUGAAGAGAGAAAAGGAUGCCUUUGAGUACUUAAUCAAGGAGAAAUCUUCAAUGGUAAUUCCUGAGUAUAAUGAUGGCAAAUCUGAAGAUCAUCCAGACCUCAGUCGUGAUCCUCGUAAACCCAGUGAAAUUAAUGCUCAGGAAAACAGUAAUGACACACGAAAGGGAGGACAAACAAGUGAACAAACUGAGCCUCAGAGAAUUAUUGUUGAUAUGAGAGAAUUCCGAAGUGAACUCCCAGCUUUAAUUCACAAGAGGGGUAUAGAUAUUGAUCCUGUAACCAUAGAGGUUGGUGAUUACAUCCUGACUCCUGACGUUUGUGUAGAACGAAAGAGCCUCAGUGAUUUAAUUGGAUCCUUGAACUCUGGUCGUCUUUAUAAUCAAGCUCAGGCCAUGACCAGAUAUUACAAACAGCCUAUUCUGCUUAUUGAAUUUGACCAGAAUAAGCCAUUUCAUUUACAAGGCCGGUACUACUUGUCAAGUGAUGGUUCCUCUUCAGCAAAGGAUGUUGCUGCCAAAUUGCAGUUACUGACACUUCAUUUCCCUCAUCUGCGACUGCUUUGGUGUCCUUCUCCGUAUGCUACUGCAGAAAUAUUUGAAAUGCUCAAAAAUGGCAAACCUGAACCAGUUGUGGCUCAAGCUCAGGCAGUCACAGCUGAAACCAACCCAGAUAUAGAUUCUGACAAGUUCAAUCCCCAGAUAAAGGACUUUGUGUCUAAGCUGCCCGGAGUCAACACGAAGAAUAUAUAUACAUUGCUGAACAAAGUAGUAAGUCUGGUUGAUUUGAUGUCGUUAUCUAAAGAGGCUUUGACAGACAUCCUGGGCAAUAGUCGAAAUGCUGAAGCACUACAUUCUUCCCUUCAUCAUUGCAUGAAGCCCCCAGAACAAGCCAAAGACUCAAAGCGGAGUAGCAAGUUCACCAAGAAGGGAAUGAGACGUUUUAGGACAUGAAACUUUUAAGAUUGUUACUGUAUUAUCUAGGAAAUCCUUUUUGUGCUGCUGUGCUAAAUAGAGGAUAUCAACAGUGGUGUACCUGAAGAUCAAUAUGGAGCCAAAUAUUUAAAUAUUGAAUCAUAUUCUUAGCUGUGUUUGAAAUAAGUUAUGACUCUGUUCUCAUCUUUAUAAGUGUUGGAUCAGCUUGGUUAAUAACAGCUAGAAUUUUCAAAAUGGUACACAGGCUGUCUUUAAAUCAGCUUUAAAUAAAAAGCAAAAACCUGAGGAUAAAAUGGUCCCAUACUAAAAUAUUCACUCAUAUUGAGUGUAUGAUAUGAACAUCAAUGUUUCUUAUGUAAUGGAAUGUUGACUUGGUAUUAAUGUUUUGUAAGAAUAUAAAUUCAAAAUCAGAAAAUUUUAACUUUAUACAAAUAUAUUUGAAUUUUUUUUGUUUACAAAAGAAAGAUAUACAGUAAUUUAAAAUGAAAAAUUUAUAUAUCUGGAGUAUAUCAGGAGAUGGUUUUGGGGGUCAGCGCCCCCCCCCUGCAGCCCGGUCUGAGACCAGGCAGAUUUUUUUUUUUUCAGAAAAGUCUUUCAAGUGGCCUAGAGGAAGGGGAAGGAGAGCCAUGGCUUGCCCGGCCCCCAUUUCCCUGGAUCCACCCAUGAUGAUAGCUUUCUUUCUUUCUUUCUUUCUUUCAACACACCAGCUGUAUCCCACCGAGGCGGGGUGGCCCAAAAGGAAAAACGAAAGUUUCUCCUUUUACAUUUAGUAAUAUAUACAGGAGAAGAGGUUACUAGCCCCUUGCUCCCGGCAUUUUAGUCGCCUCUUACAACACGCAUGGCUUACGGAGGAAGAAUUCUAUUCCAUUUCCCCAUGGAGAUAAGAGGAAAUAAACAAGAAUAAGAACUAGAAAGAAAAUAGAAGAAAACCCAGAGGGGUGUGUAUAUAUAUGCUUGUACAUGUAUGUGUAGUGUGACCUAAGUGUAAGUAGAAGUAGCGAGACGUACCUGAAACCUUGCAUAUUUAUGAGACAGAAAAAAGGACACCAGCAAUCCUACCAUCAUGUAAAACAAUUACAGGCUUUCGUUGUACACUCACUUGGCAGGACGGUAGUACCUCCCUGGGCGGUUGCUGUCUACCAACCUACUACCUAUAUGAUGAUAGCUGGUAUUAAAUAAUGAAUGAACAGUGUACUAAAGUAAACAAGAUAAGUUUUAAGAAAAUUUUCCAUAUGUAAAGUUUUAUAUAGAAUUGUAUUACUCCUAUAUAAACCACAGAGAGAGAGAGGGUAAAGGAGGUUUUGUGUGCGAGGGCUUGGACUUCCAGCAGGUAUGCAUGAGCGUGUUUGAUAGGAGUGAAUGGAGACAAAUGGUUUUUAAUACUUGACGUGCUGUUGGAGUGUGAGCAAAGUAACAUUUAUGAAGGGGUUCAGGGAAACCGGCAGGCCGAACUUGAGUCCUGGAGAUGGGAAGUACAGUGCCUGCACUCUGAAGGAGGGGUGUUAAUGUUGCAGUUUAAAAACUGUAGUGUAAAGCACCCUUCUGGCAAGACAGUGAUGGAGUGAAUGAUGGUGAAAGUUUUUCUUUUUCGGGCCACCCUGCCUUGGUGGGAAUCGGCCAGUGUGAUAAUAAUAAAAAAAAAAUAAACCACAGAGUUUUAGUGAAUGUUUGGGUAAUAUUAAAUAUUUUUUAAUUUAAUGUGACAAAUGAUGAGAGGUAACUUAAUAACGUAAAAUGCUUCAUUGGGGAUCGUAGCGACUUUGACUUGAGUAACACUAAUAUAUCUGUUCCACUUAACUCUUUGCUCUGUUUUCUUUGUCUACACAUUUUCCUUUCUGUAAAUAUGUAAUGUUUUCUCAUUGCUAUUUUUUAUCAUUGGUAUUGUUGUGCAAAUAUCAUUAAUUUUAUAUACAUACAAGUAGUUCAUAUUAUUAUGCCAUUUAUAUUUUUCUGCUACUGUAUUAUUAUUCUUUCUUUCUUUCAACACACCGGCCGUAUCCCA